UUUGUCUUUCUUUCCAUGAAUUGGGAAUUCCCUUCCAUUGCAGGACCAUUUAAGAUCAAUGGUGUCCCUUUAAGGCGUGUGAACAAGUCAUACGUUAUUGCUACUUCCACCGAGAUUGACAUCUCUGGGGUUAACGUAGACAAGCUUGACGACAAGUACUUCACCAAGGAAGUGGUGAAGAAGACAAAGAAGAGCGAGGGAGAGUCUUUCGGAGCUGAAAAGGAGGAUAAGAAGAAACUGCCCGAAGAUAAGGAAGGUGACCAGAAAGCUGUCGAUGCCUCGUUACUGAAGUCCAUCGAGACCGUCCCCGACAUGGAGGCCUAUCUCGCCGCUAGAUUUUCUCUGAAGUCUGGCAUGAAACCUCAUGAACUUGUUUUCUAGAUGGAAUUUGCCACUUAGCUUGGUUUCAUAGCAUCAAUGAUUUUAUUAACAGAUGUUAUACGAGGAAAAACCUAUUUUUUUGUGGUAUCA